AAAAAAACGACCGAGCUUCAAAAGUACCUGUCAGCCAAACCAGGAACGUCCCCGGCCUCCAUACAGUGGUAUACAAUCGAUACUACCGUGACCCGGACUACUAAAAGAGGUACCCGUAGCCCGACUACCUAGUACAUACUACUAUUGACUCCAGUCUUGCUCCCGCGUUCCGUGUCCGUUUCGCUCCGUUGAUUUGAAUUUGAGGUUAUUUCCUUUUCCAACUUUCCCUUCCUCUUCUCUUCUCCUUCUUCUUCUUCUUCUGCUUCUCUCUCCUUUUCUCUCCCUCUUGCCUCCACCUCCACCUCCUCCACCUUCCAACCAAACAUCUCCACUCGUCCCCAACACACCACAUUCAAGAUGGGCUUCAUCGACGACGAAGUUAAGCGCCUCGGCGAUGUCAUUGCCUCCCUCGAGGAUCGCGUCAGGUCCCUCGAGACCCGCGACUUCAGCGGCAAGCCCGUCACCACCGCCGAGCAGCUCCGCAUGGUCCUCAUGGGCCCUCCCGGUGCCGGCAAGGGCACCCAGGCCCCCAAGAUCAAGGAGAAGUUCAACUGCUGCCACCUUGCCACCGGUGACAUGCUCCGCGCCCAGGUCGCCAAGGGCACCGCUCUCGGCAAGCAGGCCAAGAAGAUCAUGAACGAGGGCGGUCUCGUCAGCGACGACAUUGUCAUUGGCAUGAUCAAGGACGAGUUGGAGAACAACAAGGAGUGCCAGGGCGGCUUCAUCCUCGACGGCUUCCCCCGCACCGUUCCCCAGGCCGAGGGUCUCGACGCCAUGCUCCGCGAGCGCAACCUGCCCCUGCAGCACGCGGUCGAGCUCAAGAUCGACGACUCCCUUCUCGUCGCGCGCAUCACGGGUCGUCUCGUCCACCCUGCUUCCGGCCGUUCCUACCACCGCAUCUUCAACCCGCCCAAGGACGACAUGAAGGACGACAUCACGGGCGAGCCGCUGGUGCAGCGCAGUGACGACAACGCCGAGGCGCUGCGCAAGCGUCUUGAGACUUACCACAAGCAGACGGCGCCCGUCGUCGGCUACUACCAGAACACGGGCAUCUGGAAGGCCAUUGACGCCAGCCAGGAGCCCGCCCAGGUCUGGAAGUCCCUGCUCGCCAUCUUUGAGGGUGACAAGGCCAAGGCUAGCAGCGCUGGCAGCGGUAUCAUGAGCAAGAUUGCUUCUGCUGCCAAGAGCUCGUAAAGAAAACACCCUCCGGCAAAACCAAUGUCAGCUUGUGGUUUCUUUCCACGUUUUAGGUUGGUGGUGAAGGGGGAAAAAAAAAAAAGAAGCAGCAGGGCAGAAAGAGAAGCGGGGGUCAAGCUUCUUCCUUUCAUAAUAGUCGGUAAUGUUGAGAAAAAAAGUACAAUACACCGAUUCAACCCAACGAACCUGGACACGGAUACGAAACGAAACCGAAUUAUCCUCAUCCUGCGCUUAGUUGGUAUGAGCUCUGCUUCUUCGAUUCGAGUUUUUUGAGAAGGGGGCAAAAUGACCAGUCACCCUGACUGGCUGGAGGUUGCUGUUACAUAUAUACCACACCACACCACCCUUGAUGUCACCGAGACAUCGUUCAGAAGGCGGUUCGUUUUCGGAAAAUAACGGGAAUUGGGGGUCUUUGAUGUUAUGAUGGGAAAAACGACGAUGCAUAUUUGUUAUCAUGACACGAAGGCAGAAGAGAACGAGACUUCUUUCUUGUAACCGGAUGUUCGGGAUAGAUGGAUUGAUGGGUAGAUCUAGGAAAAGGGGGAAAAAUUGAAACAAAGUGAAAAAGAUCCAGCAGUAUUAUCAUGGCUCAAAGUGAUGUAAACGUGGCAAUCGCCGCCAUCAUGUUCAUUCCUCUCAUUUUCUAAUCCCUCUUUCAGGUCCAUCUCAGGGGUAAAGUAAACAAAGAUUCCAUGAUCAACCA